AUGAGGUUGCAGUAUUGCCAUGAGAAGGGUAAGCUAGAGGAGAGAGUUUUAUGCUUGGAAAAGCGUACCAGUCAUGCAGACGCGAGGAAGACUAGGGAUGCUGGAGAGGAGAUGAAUAAGACUAAGGAUGGUGGAGAGGAGAGUCCGAAGACUGAGGAUGAGGAUGCUGGAGAGGAGAGUCAGAAGACUGAGGAUGCUGGAGAGGAGAGUGAUAAAACUGAGGAUGAUGGAGUAGCCAAAUCGAGAGAGCAGUGUGUACAAAAUGAUAAAGAAGAGGUGCAAUAUACACCCUCGGAUAUAAAUUGGGAUGAUCCGGGUGUGGUGUGUGUCACCCUUGUUAAAUUUCUUACGAAUCCUCCUCGAAAGAUUGACAUGUCCACUGCUGAGGGUGAAUGUGGCGAAGAUGUUAUAGUUGGGGUCCGGCAAAAGAAGGUUCGGUGA